GUUUAGGGUUAUUGUUUGCCAAUUGGGCCAAGAAAGAACCCGAAUAGGCACCCGAACAUAAAUCUCAUUGUCAUCUCAGCGAGCUGAAGCAACCGGAAAGUACUCCAAACGACGAUCAUUUCCUCCCUUCCGGUGAUCAUCAAGCAACCGAAAGGUUUCUGGGCAGGCAAGGAACUGACCCCACAGGACACUGAAGACGCGCUACGAUGUCCGAUCCAUAUUCAGGGGCGAAAGGAGGUAGGCUCACCUUCAAGGGAGGAGUCUUAGCCUCUCGUAGCAAGGAUAUUGACAAGAAGAAGAAGAAGAAGAAGAAAGACAAAAGUAAGACCGACGAGAACCCCACGGACGAUGGCGAGAUUUUGACAUCGGCUGAUGGUGUAGAAGAUGGAGACGGAGCAAUGUAUACUAUUGACGCGGCUAAGCGUAUGAAGUACGAGGAGCUAUUUCCUGUGGAGACAAGGAAGUUUGGUUACGACCCUAACAACUCCAAUACCAAGUUCAAGUCCGUGGAGGAUGCUCUCGAUGACCGUGUCAAAAAGAAGGCGGAUCGUUAUUGUAAAUAAUCAGGCAUCGGCCAUAGUGGAGAAUUCCAGGGAUUUGUUGUGAGAAUGCUCAGCAGGUCAUCAUAAUCCACUAAGCAACGGGUUUAGAAUCACACUUCCUAAGAUUUAUGGGUUUCAUGGUAUUGUUACCUAUACUCAUGGUCCCAUCGAAGAAACUUUAUUAUCUAGCUGAUUGUAGUUACUACAUCCCCCUGACCCUUUUCCAAUGGGUUAAAUUUGUACCAGCUAACAUGAAAAUAUGGCUUUAUCUUUGUGUAUAAAUGAUGGUUUAUGGAUAAUUCUAACAAUUCCGGAACCAAAUAAUUUAGUUUGGAUUGAAAUAUAAAUCUUCUUGACUUGCUCAAAAA